UUCAAAACAGGUAGAGGACAAAAAUUAAGGGAUAGAAAGGGGGAAAAAUGAUUUUAAAAAUACAAAUGCUGCCUAGACUUCUGUGGUCAUCUGGGACCUGAGCAGAGCUGAGAGAACUAAACAGGACAACACAACAUCAUAUACUGUAUAUGGAGAGGAUGGGAGCCAGUCGUCCACUGCCCAACACACCCAAGGAUUCAUUAUGUGCUGCAAUAGAGGCCAUUAGUGUGAGCACAGAAUUUGUGGAUGCAGAACUGAAGCCAUAUUUGGACACAAUGCUGACUGUUGCCAUGGAGAGAAAGAAAGGCAUAGCCCAUCAGGUGGUAGAAAGCGGGAUUCUGCCUGUUCUGGCCCAGAUUUUAAGAAGAAAGAGCACACUCACCACUCACACAGCCAGACUGGUAGCUGAACUUGCCAGAGAUGCUCCUGUAAGAGAGCAGUGCUUUGAUACGGGCAUUGUGUCCACUCUUGUGACCUUAUUACUCAACCAGGACCAGGACCUUCUCCUCCACGUUACCCAGGGCAUUGCUAGAAUCUGCUAUGACGGUAACUUGCAGCAAGAGAGAUUCCUGAGGCUUGGAGCUGUCCCACGACUGGUAUCAGUUCUACUCCAGUACAGUGAAAACGAGGCUCUACUGAGUUCUUGCCUGCUGGCUCUCUGUAACCUGGCCAACAUGGGUGAGGAGGACGGCUCCAUGCUCACCUGGGAGGAAGGAGCAUAUUUUAGUGAGGGGGAGCGCAUGUUCCGUGGUACUUCACGGUACUCCUUCGGUCUCUCUUCAGCUAUAACAGUGGUCAGACUGAAACAGUGGACUAACGGCCAGUUCUCUGUGACAGUAGAAGUUCUCCAAAGAUGCUCCACUAUGCUGUGGGGUGCAAACAACGGCCGGCAGUCUGGACACCACUUACAGAACUUUUCCCACCUGGGAAAUUGCCCCAAGUUGUAUAAAGUUAUCAAAUGCUCAGUGAAGAACAUUCCGAGGAACUGGAAUCUGAGGGCAGCAGUGUUUCACACCCUCUUGUGAGGCUGAAUUUUUAUUGUAGAGCUCUCAGACUAAUGAUAUUAAAUGGGAUAGUUCAUAAGGAAUAGUUUACCAAAAAAAAAACGUAUUUACCACAAUGGUUUUCUGUAUGACUUCUUACUUCUGCUGAAUACAAUCUGAUGACACAAGAUGAAUUUGAGUAACAACCUGGCCACUCUUACAUACAAUGAAUGUGAAUGAGGAUUAGGGCUGACAACCUCCAAAAUUACAAAAAUGGAUCAUAAAAGUGGUCCAUAUUACUUCCAUAUGACUUGCGUGCAAUAUUUAAACGAUAUACGAUAGAGCUUUGUGUGAGGAAUGGACCAUUAUUUACUGAUAAUCUUCCCCCUCCAGUGGGCUCUCCAAUGCACUGUCAAUGAGUCGAACUCAAGAACCAGAGUAGUCUGAUUGGUGAACAAAUUAUUCAGACCAGUGCUGGAUCAACUGGUACAAAAAACGAUUUGUUCUUGAAUCAGACAUCGUAACUUCUCUUCAGCUAAGUCUGAUGUCAAAAUGUUCAGUGAAUAGCUAAUUUUAUUUCAGUUUCAGUUUGUCACACAAUGCUAUCGUAUGGCUUCAGAACACUCAGGAUAUAAUUUAGGAGGCAAAUGAACCUCUUUAUGAUGUUUUAUUUUUGUCCUUUUAGAGCUUGAGAGCCUCAGUCCUCAUUAAUUUUCAUUAUAUGGUAACGAUUGGCCAGGAUAUUCAUCAAAAAUUCAGCUUUUGUGUUUCACUGAAGAAAUUCGGUCAAGAAACAUAGAAGAAGUCAUACGUGUUUGGAACAUCACAAGGGUGAAUAAAUAAAUAAAAAAAAAUACAUUUAUGGUGAACUAUUCCUUUAAUGAACAUCUGAGGUGGCCUUAACAGGUGAUCUGGUGUAAACCACAUCCCAACCAUUAAGGAGCUCAUGUCAGCCAUUCAUAUUAGAGAGUGUAUCCUUAUGUACUCUGAAAGCAAUAACAAAAACAGAAUGUACCUGCUUUCAGUUUCCUAUUGCUAAAAUGUCCAAAUUAGCUCCAUCUUAACCCAAGGGCAUUAAUCAAGACCAUGAGAACAGGUGGACACCAAGUUGCAAUCUGCUAGCCUUUCUACACUCUGUGAUUAGUCCAUAAGAGGCCUUACAGUAGUGGAUUAUCUGGAGCAGCUACACUCACCCAGGUCACAAUAUGCAACCGUGUUGCAAAAUGCACCAAGGAAAAUACACUUACAACUCGCAUAUGAAAAUGAUGUUUACAUGUCCAAAUACAGUCCAGUUGAAUGCAGUCUUAGCAAACCAAAUUUGGACAUUGUUACUCGUAACUUUAAAUUUAAUUAAGGAUUAAGAACUGCAAAAAGGUUUUUGCAUCAAAAACAAUGUGAAAUGGCCUAUACCCAUAUUACAUGCAUUUAGGGCAUUAUUUAAAUUUGUAGAAAUUUAUAUUCUGAAUAUAAGGUGCAUAUGUCUAGUUAUGCUCUGCUCUAAAUAUUUCUGCAGAUAAAUUUGCUUGCAGGCCAUAGUGAUGUCAUUUUUAAUGGAUUAUUUUUGGUGAAUCUGUCAAUCCAGUUCACAUAAUGGUCUGAAUGAUUCAUUUGAUAAUCACUCUGAAUCAAAAUUUCAAAUCCUUAUUCAGUAAUCACAAACAAAUGGAGAAGUAAUGGAAAUGUUUUGGUCUAGAUAUGUUGGAACCAUGUGUGUGUGUAAACUGGACUGUAUUUUUAUUGCCUGCACUAAGUCACAACAGACUAAAAAGUUUGUUCUUUUAAACAAACCUCAUUCACAAAUUUGUGCUAUCAAUAAACAAUUUUCCAUUUUCCCUUUUUUUGAUUCCAUUUAAUUUUCUGACAUCAGUAGUGAAGUAACUUCCCUCUCAGAGAAAAGGAAAAAGGCUACAAUUCUUUUCAAAGAGAGGAAGGUUGGCAUGGAGUUUGAUGCAUGCUGUUUAGUGUGGGCUCUGGACUGUGAGCUCCUCCCAGUGCCUGCCAUUGCCUGAAUUCCAGUGUUCCAGCUCUCUGCCCCUUCCAUACAUGAACAGCCCAAUGACCACCACCCCCAACAACACUGCCAGGAAAGAAAGACAAAAUAAAGUGACUGAGUACAGAUACAUAGGUGACAGAAAUUUCUAACACUAAAUGUUAUUGAUUUAUUUA